AUGAUUUAUACAAGUACAACAAAAAAUUCUCCUGAGUUUUAUGAAGUCAAUGUGACUGUUGGAUACUGUUCAUGUCCUGUGGGAAAAUAUGGUUCAUUUUGCAAAUAUCAAGCUGCUGUUUACAAUUUAUACCACCAUAAAAUGCCAAGCUUACCACCUAUAUGUCAUGAAACACGAUGUUUGCUAGCUAAAUUAGCUUUUGGUAAUGAAGCACAAGCAAAUGAAUUUUAUAUGCCUUUAAUUCCUAGUCCGACAGAAAGUCAUAAUCUGAUUCAAGAGUCUAAUACAAUUAAUACAAACAAUAGUAUGCACUGUGAUUUGCUUGAUGUUGAUGUAGAGAGAAAUAUUAUUGAAAAUCAGAUAAAAUACGAAGAAACUGAGGUAAUUGAAAAUGAAACAUUAACGGAAGAAUAUAAAGAACAAAUAGUAAGCCUAAUGACAGAUAAUUUUAAAAAAUUCCCAUCUCCAUCGAUACAUGUUCUUUCCAAAUGUGUCCAGAGGUUAAAUAAUGUAAAAUCUUUAACAGCAUGGGAAUCUUUUAUUGCAACAGCUGGAAGUUCAAUUUCAUUGAGACAUAGGAGCCGAGGUACAAUAACUGUUCAACCAACUACAAUUAGCAGAAGAAGACCAGGUAUAACGAGGGGAAGUAAACGAUUGCCAGUUGGACGACCAAAAAAAGAAAUUAAAAAAAAAAGUAUUAAAGAGAAAUAG